AUGGUUUCUCCCACAUUCCUCUUUCUGUCCACGCUGUCUGGCAUCGUUGCGGUUGCCUCUGCUGAUUCCGGCUGCCGCUGUGGCGACCCAGCCUAUCUCGCUAUCCCCCGGGUUAACUUGUCCACCCCAGAGCAACUGAAGCCAUGUGCUGCCUAUAAGCUCCUCGAUGCCCGUGGUACCGGAGAGCCGCAAGGUGUUUCCCUUAUGUUCCAGAACACUAUCGAGCGGAUUAUGGCCAACAACACCGGUGCCGUCAGCCAACCCGUCGUCUAUCCAGCGGGACCUGACCAGAAUGUUACCGCCGGUGUAAAGUUUGUUACUGACAUCAUCAAGUAUGGCCUCCAGGAUUGUCCGAAGCAAAAGUACUUCCUCUUCGGCUACUCUCAGGGUGCAACUGUUGUUCAAAAAGCGCUGAAUGAACUCAACCAUACAAGCAUGGCCGCUGUUAGCAGCAUUGUAAUGGUUGGAAACCCGUAUCGCACGCCUGGUAGACUCUCCAACGUGGACAGCCAAGGCCACUAUGACAACCGCACUGCGAAUGGAUUAUUUACAAUUCAGUCUCUGCAGUCGAACGACAGCAUUCCUACGUUUAACGAGAGUCUUGACCGCAGUGGAAAGGUUGCUGACAUUUGUUUGGAGAACGACAUUGUUUGCUCCUUUGACCCCGAGUGCAAGUGCCAACUUGUCAGUGAUCAUUUGUCAUAUGGCCUGAUGAAGCCUGUCCAGGACCAGAUUUUCAAUCAUGUCGUCUUCCGAUUCUAG